AUGUACUUUGCCAUUACAAUUAUUUUGCUUUUGGCGAUAGAAAGAGAAAGAUCUUACUCAUUUAUUUUGAAAUAUAAAUUAGGAAGCGAUUCGUUGUUUUUCGGUAUCACUUUUCACCUGUGCGGUCAGAUAGAAAUACUGAAACUAGAUUUCAAGAGACUGAAAAUCGAGAGCGAAAGAACGAGGGAACAUUUCAACGUAUUAACCAGGAGGCAUAUCUACUUAAUUAACCUGGCCAAUAUGCUGAUCGACACCAUCAGCUCUAUCUUGGCUAUGCAACUAUUCACAAGUUGUAUACUUAUUUGUACAAGCGUACGAUCAAUAUGUUGGGAUAAUUUGCAUCUGUUUUUAGGACUUCAACUCAUUCUCGCUCUGAGCAUUGGAAACAUCGUCAUGGUUAUAAAAACAUUUAUGGUACUCACCGCUCUCAUGGUACAAUUGUUUGCAUACAGUUACGUGGGCGAAUAUUUAAGACGUCAAAUGGAAGGCAUCGGUGACUCGAUGUAUUUCUGCAACUGGUACGAUAUACCGAAAAGUGUGACAAAAGAUAUUAUUUAUGUCAUUAUGAGAGCUCAAGAGCCAGUUUUCCUGAGAGCAGGACAAUUCCUCGUUGUUAAUAUGGAAACGUACACGAGUAUCAUAAAAACUUCUAUGUCAUAUCUUUCAGUGCUUCGAGUUAUGGUAAACGGUUGAGGCUGUGUAUAAUAUAGAAACCGAGAGAGUUAUAUUUAUCUAAUAGAGCUCAAUAAAAUACUUAAUGUGU